UGGGGUCUGGUGCGCAGGGCGGGCGCUGCCGCCUGGCCGGCCGCGCUGGCCCAGGAUCAGGGAGCCGAUGUGGAAUUUCCUGCCCGGCCCGGCGCCCCUCCUGCCGCCCCCCGCCCGGCCUCGCACUCCGCUUCCGGCCGCCCUUGCUGUGGCCGCACCCGCGCCCGCGCCCACCCGCGCCUGACCCGCGCCUCAUGGAGGGCGCAGGGUCCCGGGGGGCCGGGCCGGCGCGGUGCCAGGGAGCCCGAGGGCCGCCGCCGCCACUGUUGCUGCUCUGGCUGCUGCCUGCUCUCGCGUCGCCCCAGGAGUUGAACCCUCGAGGCCGCAACGUGUGCCGCGCGCCCGGUUCCCAGGUGCUCACGUGCUGCGCUGGCUGGAAGCAGUUGGGGGAUGAGUGUGGGAUUGCGGUAUGCGAAGGCAAUUCUACAUGCUCAGAAAACGAGGUGUGCGUGCGGCCAGGCGAGUGCCGCUGCCGACAUGGCUACUUCGGUGCCAACUGCGACACUAAGUGCCCACGCCAGUUCUGGGGGCCAGACUGCAAGGAGAGGUGCAGUUGCCACCCGCACGGACAGUGCGAGGACGUGACCGGACAGUGUACGUGUCACGCGCGCCGCUGGGGUGUGCGCUGCGAGCAUGCGUGCCAGUGCCAGCAUGGCACGUGCCACCCGCGGAGCGGCGCGUGCCGCUGCGAGCCGGGCUGGUGGGGUGCACAAUGCGCUAGCGCGUGCUACUGCAGCACUACAUCGCGAUGCGAUCCACAGACCGGCGCCUGCCUGUGCCACGCAGGCUGGUGGGGCCGCAGCUGCAACAACCAGUGUGCCUGCAACUCAUCGCCCUGCGAGCAGCAAAGCGGCCGCUGCCAGUGUCGCGAGCACACGUUCGGCGCACGGUGCGAUCGCUAUUGCCAAUGCUUUCACGGUCGGUGCCACCCGGUAGACGGCACGUGCGCCUGCGAUCCGGGCUACCGGGGCAAGUAUUGUCGCGAGCCAUGCCCUGCUGGCUUCUAUGGCCUGGGCUGUCGCCGUCGGUGUGGCCAGUGCAAGGGUCAGCAGCCGUGCACUGUAGCUGAUGGCCGUUGUGUGACGUGCGAACCCGGCUGGAACGGAACCAAAUGUGACCAACCCUGUGCCACCGGUUUCUAUGGUGAGGGUUGUGGCCACCGCUGCCCGCCCUGCCGCGAUGGGCACGCCUGCAACCAUGUCACUGGCAAGUGUACACGCUGCAAUGCGGGCUGGAUCGGCGACCGGUGCGAGACCAAGUGCAGUAAUGGCACUUACGGUGAGGACUGUGCCUUCGUGUGCUCUGACUGCGGCAGCGGCCACUGUGACUUCCAGUCUGGGCGCUGCCUUUGCAGCCCUGGUGUUCACGGACCUCACUGUAAUGUAACAUGCCCUGCCGGGCUCCACGGCGUGGACUGCGCCCAGGCCUGCAGCUGUCACGAGGAAUCAUGCGACCCGGUCACCGGUGCCUGCCACCUGGAGACCAAUCAGCGCAAAGGUGUGAUGGGCGCGGGCGCACUGCUCACGCUGCUCCUGGGCCUGCUUCUCUCGCUGCUCGGCUGCUGCUGCGCCUGCCGAGGCAAGGACCCGGCACGCCGGCCCCGCCCCCGCAGGGAUCUCACGCUUGGAAGGAAGAAGGCACCUCAGCGCCUUUGCGGGAGCUUCAGCCGCAUCAGCAUGAAGCUUCCCCGAAUCCCGCUUCGCAGACAGAAGCUACCCAAAGUCGUAGUGGCCCAUCAUGACCUGGAGAACACACUCAACUGCAGUUUCCUGGAACCACCUUCAGGUCUGGAGCAGCCCUCACCAUCAUGGUCCUCAAGGGCUUCUUUCUCAUCCUUUGACACCACAGAUGAAGGCCCUGUGUACUGCGUGCCCCAUGAGGAGGCGACUACUGAGAGCCGAGACCCGGAAGUUCCUGCCGCUCCGGCUGAGGUGCCUGCGGCGUCGCUAAUGCCCAUGAGCACCCCGGCGCCCGUGGAGGAGGCGGCGGCCCUCCCUGCAUCUUCAGACAGCGAGCGCUCAGCGUCCAGCGUAGAGGGUCCCGGGGGAGCGCUGUACGCGCGUGUGACCCGGCGCGAGGCCCGGCCGGCCCGGUCCCGAGGUGAGGCUGGGGGCUUGUCAUUGUCUCCGUCGCCAGAACGCAAGAAACCGCCGCCACCCGACCCUGCCACCAAACCUAAAGUGUCCUGGAUCCACGGCAAGCAGGGCUCCGCGACUGCUGCCCCUUCACCGCCGCCCGCAGGCCGCAUAGCUGCGCCGAGCCCUAGCGGGAAGAAACGGACCCCCAGCAACACGUCGGUGCAGUCCCCGGGCCUGACCGAGGAGAUCCCCGCCCCGACCGCACCCUCGCCGCCCCGGGCCCGAGCGCGCGGCCGCGGCCCGGGUCUCUCGGAGUCCACGGACGCGGGUGGUCCCCCGCGCAGCGCGCCCGAGGCUGCCUCUAUGCUGGCAGCGGAGCUGCGCGACAAGACUCGCAGCCUGGGCCGCGCCGAGGGGCCGCCGGGGCCGCGGGAGAAGCCGCCGCCGCCGCAGAAGGCUAAGCGCUCCGUGCUCCCGGCCUCGACGGCCCUCGCGUCCGCGGCGUUGGAGGCCAUGGCGCCCGAGAAGGCAGCGGCCGGUACAUCCGCGCCAGAGACCCCUCGGAAGAAGACCCCCAUCCAGAAACCGCCGCGGAAGAAGAGCAGAGAGGCGGCGGGGGAGCUGGGCAGGGCGGGCGCGCCACCCGCAGCCUCCUAGGCUCUCAGCUGGCUACUCGCCCCGGCUAGCAGUGUUAUGGAGCUUUUCUAGCAAUCCGCGUCUGGCCAUGGCUGGGAGAGCCUACAGACUUCUUAAUGGCCAAGAGUGUGCUUGCCUGACGCCAGGAGCGCGGCUGCCUCUGUUGCCAGGGCCUGGUGCCUAUGGCUGUAGGGUCUUUUUUCUUAAAGAUAGCCAGAGGCUGCUUCCAUUGACUGGGCUUCUGAGUGUCCGGUUGACCCUAACCUGGGGAGGAGAGCUGGUCUCUGCCCCUCAGGGGGCUCGGCGCAUUUUGGCUUGUCCCUUCGCAACCCCGACAUCAGCCCUGGUCCCUCAGCUAUCAAGCUGGUUUUGAUGGCCUGCCACCACCCCACAAUUGUGGGACCCCCCCAAGGGGCGACUCUGGUGACCUUAAAUGUAUUUAUAGGUCCCAGGCAGGGCUGCUCCCAUCCCAUCUGGGACCUCCAGAAUGGGUUCCUCCUAGCAGGGCCAAACCAAAGCUCUUUUUAAUAAAAUGCUUCUCCCCA